AUGGCGUCUUCUAAGGCUCCCUGGGAGAUGAAGCCCGAAGAGGUUGGAAAACAGAUGGCAGCACAAGAUCAAUACGAAGAUUGCUUAGCAUGUCGAAUCACUGGAUCCGCGGCAUUUAUGGGACUCGGAGUGUAUAGCUAUUACACAGGAAUGCGGAAUCUGAAACAACAAGAGAAAGCAAUCAUGCGAAGCGCAAGCAAAUAUAAGAUGGGCUCAAGACAGCUCGGCAUCGCAACAUUAUCUGCUUCUCUCAUCGGAGUAGGACUUUACAGGGCAUUCAACUGA